CGUGUUUGCUUCCGCUCUUCGACGUCUUUAGUCGCCGAGUCACGAUUAAGCCGCAACUUUGUCAAAUCGUGUACAAACGUUAAGUCGCGUCCCGGAAGUAGGAUCCGGUCCGUGUUUUCGCUCUGCCCGCUCAGCUCGCGAGGAGCAGUUGGGAAAACAAACAGGUCGAGCGGAUGAAGCCCGGUAGCCGGUUAGAUGUGGAGGUUAUUUAGCGGCAAAUGAGUCGCGCUCGUGUUGACGUUUUUUUUCUCGGUUGCUAAUCGAAAGUUCUCCUUCAGUUUUUGGUGCAUUUAGGCUGCUGUUUUGAGUCCUCGCCUCCCGAGUAUGUUGCCGCUCUCUAACAUUGUAACCAGGGCUGUUGGAGCGCGUAGUCUACCCGCUGCGGUUUUGUGUUUUUCUCGACGUUGUUUACCGAUUACAUUUCGACGUUUAAUGAUUUAAAAAUUCGGCGUUUUUGUUGCUGUUUUGUUGGUUUGCCGGCUCUGAAUUCAGCGAAACACUUUUCGACAUGCAUACGAGGCGUUUGGUGAAGCGGUCGAUCCUCGGCAGCCGCGUCUAUGCGCCGAGUCCGACGGGGGACGGUGCCCCGGUGACAGGAGUGGUCCAGGCUGUCAAGCAGCACAACAGAGACGUGUCGGCCGCCGGAGCCCGGUGCAGCGUCUACACCGUGCUCAUGCAAGACGGGAGCUUGAAGGAGUUCUCCGAGGAGGAGAUAGCCGCGGGGAUCAACCACAUUGUAGCCAAAGGACCGCUUAAGUCCAGCUUGAAGCAUAGCUUCAGUAACGGAGCUCCAGAGAGCCAUAAGGUGGAAGGCGGCUCCCUCAGCCCAGAGGCAGUGGACGAGCAGCGGUUUUCUGAGGGCAAGCGUGUCGGCCGGGACCCCGACACCCGUUCAGUGUCCCUGCUAGAGCACAAACGCAAGGUGGUCUCCUGCAGCAUCGAUGUCCCUCAUGCCAGACGGUCCGAGGAGGAAGUGGACAUGGACAAGGUGACGGCUGCCAUGGUGCUGACGAGUCUCUCCACCAGCCCGCUGGUCAGGAGUCCACCUGUCAGAGUCAACGAAGGUCUGAGCAAUUCGUGGAAGGACAACGGCUCGGCUGGCCCCUUCACCCCAUCCAGCAACAGCUCUUCAAGUGGCUACUGGAGCUGGUCUGCCCCCAGUGACCAGUCAAACCCUUCUACACCUUCUCCACCGCUCUCCGCCGACAGCUUCAAACCCUUCCGUGUGCCCAGCAUGGGCGGCGUGGGACCCGGCCCCGCAGGGCCCGAGGACCCCAGCCUGGAUGAGCAGGACGGCAGCAGCCUGCUCUUCGAUGAGCCCAUCCCUCGCAAGCGCAAGAACUCCAUGAAGGUGAUGUUUAAGUGCCUGUGGAAGAACUGUGGGAAGGUGCUGAGUACCGCUGCCGGCAUCCAGAGACACAUCCGUACCAUUCACCUGGGGCGCAACUGUGACUCGGACGGCAGUGACGGCGAGGAGGACUUCUACUACACGGAGAUCAAGCUCAACACGGACUCGGUGGCCGACGGGCUGAGCAGUCUGUCCCCUGUUUCCCCGUCCGUCCUCUCUCCCCCGCCUCCUCCUCCCGCUCCUCUCCCGCUUCUCAGCCAGCUGUCGAACUCCCACAGGCCUCCACAUUCGUCCAACGCCAAGGAGCCUCACGCUGGCGGCGCCACCCCGCUCAGCCGCUCGGCGCCCAGCGCACUCUACCUCAUCCACACGGACCACGCCUACCAGGCCACGGCUCCAGUGUCCAUCCCGUCCAGCUGCAGUAACUCUACCGGCUCAGCCUCCACCACCUUCACUCCCACCAACAGCUCCAGCUUUAGCAUCUCCUGGCAGUCACCACCCGUCACCUUCACUGGGACCAUGGUGUCCCCCAGUAACAGCCAGGGCUUUGGCGAACAGCGCUCCCAGACCAUCGGCGUCCUCUCAUCCCCUCCCAGAGCCACCGCUGCCCUCAGUAGGAAGGUGCGCGGUGAAGGGAAGAAGUGCCGCAAGGUGUACGGGAUGGAGAACCGCGACAUGUGGUGCACCGCCUGCCGCUGGAAAAAGGCCUGCCAGAGAUUUACCGACUGAACGUUGCUCACCAACUUCCCAGCGCGCCACACCAACAGGCACUGCUGCCUUUCGCCAGAUAAGAGGGGAGGGGCUUCAUUUUGCAUGCAUUUGGUUUUCUUCUGCUAAAAGUCGCAACUGUCCGUCAACUCCUGGCUCCGCCCAUGCCGUCGCCCUCUUCAGCUCCACUGAACUCCAGUCGUGUAAGGAACCGAAGGACAGCAGUCACUUUUACAUUGCUGUCCAGGAUUCCCAGCACUGCCUCACCAUUCCCACAAUUCCCAGUUUUGGGAAACCCCAGUGCAGCUAAAAAGUAUAAAAAAAACAAUUGUUCUACGGUUUCUAUUUUUUUUUUUAUGUUGGGUUAAUCGUUGCAUCUUUCUAUGUUUUGUAAAGCUCUGGUUUGUAAAUGAAAAGUCUAGUCAAGGAAUGGAUCCGGGGGAAAAAAGAGCUAACUUUUUUGUGUGUGUUUUUUUGUCAAAUAAAAAAUGUCUUUUUUUUUUUUAUCCAAAAGAAGAAUGGAAGCCUUUGCUGCAGUUUUUGAAACGCGUUAUGAAAAAGCAUGGAGGAAAAGCUUGCUGUUUUUGUUCUUCCUUCAACUUGUUUUUCUUUUAUUUCUGGACUUUUUGAGGAGCUCUUUUAUCUCUGACAUCACAGCCUCGCCGGUUCCUCACUUGUUCUUCACUCCUGACAGCUUUCCGAGGGAAUGUACGGCAGGUUGACAUGUACACAGAAAGUGAGGAAUAGAGACGCACAUGGUGAACGA